AUGCCUGGUGCCUUACCCCAAAAAUCCGACGACUACAUUUGCACCCAGAUUCCUCUUCCCCCGUUCGAGGAUGCAGUAGGGUACAUAACGAAGUUCAAGCCCAUUGUGAAUGCAUCGGUUCACCACAUCAUUCUGAGUGGAUGCCCUGAAUGGAUGGAAGGAACAGAAGCGGCAAAGCCCGGACCCUGUACUUCCCAAUGCCGAUCCACCAUACUGUACGCCUGGGCUCACAAUGGAGCACCCCUCGUCCUGCCCAAAGGCAGUGCCGUUGAGAUGGGCCGGCUAACAAAAACCAAAUCACUGACAAUGGAAGUUCACUACAUGCGGAAAGAAACAGAACCGGACUACGCAACCAUUGAGCUUACCUACACCUACACUCCAACACCCUACCAUGCUGGAAUCCUUCUCAUGUUCAACUCUGAAGGCAGUAUUCCCCCACAUACACAGCAUUUUGCGACAAAUAUAUCUUGCAGGCUCGAGACACCCGCUCCCAUUUAUGUCAUCGGAGUACGAACACACGCCCAUGCCUUAGGAAGAGCUGUCGUCGGCUAUUACAAGCAUCCAGGUGAAAGGGAGUUCCAUCUGCUGGCUCGUGGCAACCCACAAUGGCCGCAGACCUUCUACAGACCAAGUCAACUGUCAGCGUCGAGCGAUUAUGUUGAACUGAACAACGGUGACCUCCUGCUUGCCCGUUGUGUGUACGAUUCGACUAACAGGAGCCGUACCACUGAAAUGGGCUCGACUAACGAUGACGAGAUGUGCAACCUCUAUCUCAUGUAUAUUAUGGAUCUCAUCCUCCUCCGUCAACCCCUCUCCCCAUUAUCCUCCUCCUCCAUCUCCUCUAGGAUGUUGUCCCGUGACAACAGCCAGCGUAGAGCGGUUGCUUGCCCAAGUCACCGCUCUGGGACGCCUCCUCGCUACAUGCACGCAAGCGACAGAAAAUCAGCAGGCACGGAGCGCGUUGAGCAGCAGCGGUAG